AUGGCCUCCGUCUCCGAGCUCGCCUGUAUUUACUCGGCCCUCAUCCUCUACGAUGACGAGAUCACCAUCACGGAAGACAAGAUCAUCGCUCUGAUCAAAGCUGCAGGAGUCAGUGUGGAGCCUUUCUGGCCCAGCCUGUUUGCCAAGGCUCUCUCCAAUGUGAACAUUGGCGGUCUGAUCUGCAAUGUGGGAGCCGGUGGUGGAGCCCCUGCUGCUGGUGCUGCCCCUGCCGCUCCUGCAGCUGGUGGUGGAGCUGCUCCAGCUGAAGAGAAGAAAAAGGAGGAAGAGAAGAAGGAAGAGUCUGAGGAGUCUGAUGACGACAUGGGCUUCGGUCUCUUCGACUAA